UCCAGACUAGGUGACAGAAUCACAGGUGGUGGAAAAUGGCUGGACAAAUAUCAGAGUCUGAUCAGAUCAAACAGUUCAAGGAAUUUCUUGGAACAUACAAUAAACUUACAGAAAACUGCUUCCUGGAUUGCAUAAAGGAUUUCACUAGCAGAGAGGUUCAACCAGAAGAGAUGACAUGCUCAGACCACUGCCUACAGAAAUACUUAAAAAUGACCCAGAGGAUCUCUAUGAGGUUUCAAGAGUACCACAUUCAGCAGAACGAAGCUCUGGCAGCUAAAGCAGGACUGCUUGGCCAACCUCGUUAGACACGAGCACUCUGCUCAGACUUUACCAGCAGUGCCAGCGUUCAGUGGGCAAGAACACAGUUUGGAUUUUCUGUCAGGAUAUGUGUCUGGCAACCCAGAAGGGAGUUCUGGAUGCUGUUCAGACAGUGAAAACCAUGAAGGGUUAACAAGAAGUUAGUCAUGGUGGACUGGCAAUGGAGUCUGUUCCUGAGGUCCUUUUCACUCUGCAAUGAGGUAACAUUGCUACAAACUUUUCCAGGGCCUACCAGCUGGUAUGUUUAAAUUUCAAGGGAGGGUGGGAGGAUUUUAUUUCCUUUCUGCUAGGACUGCUUCAGAUGAAAAAAAAAUUUUUAGAAGUGUAAUGUGGAAAUCACACUUUUUUUUAUUUAAUUCAAGUAAAAUAAAUGGGAACUGUACACUUGUAUGUUUGUAUGUUAUUUCCAAGGAUAGAUUUUUAGGAUGCUGAGAGUAGUGCUUUUGUUUGCUGAGUGCUCAUUCCUUCCCAGCUGCUAUGGAGUCCUGUUCAUUCAUUGCCACUUUAAGUUGCUGGCAGUGACUUUGUUUCAGCAGCUGGGGAUUUAUUAACAUCUUACCUCUUAGUUUGGGAGGAGCUUCUGUUGAGCUGCCAUCAUAGAGCCUGAUGAUCAUUCCUGAAUCCCCUGGAGUGCCAAAUGGUGAUGAUCAGAGCAUCAAGCCAAAGGUGGCUGUAAAUUGCAGGCAACUGCUGUAAUUAAUUAGCUGAGGUAGGCAGGGAUGCUAUGCCAGCAGAGGUGGUUAUGUUUGCCUCCUGCUUUACCAGGUCACUUAAAAGGAACACAAGUGUGUCAUUAGCAGUGCCUGUGUUCAAGACAACUUCUAGGCACUCCUUGUUUGCCUUGGGGAAACCCAGGGGUCUUUCAAACCCAGCAUGAUGCACUCCAAGCACUGAGCUUGCUGGCAGUUUUUUCCUUCAAUAAUGCAAAUGCCACCAGAAAGUACAGGGUAUACACAAAGUGUGCGUUUGUGGCUGGAUGAGUACAGGGAGAUGUUUAUGGAAGCUCACUGGUCUGGUGUGAUUUGGGGCUAGAAAAAACACGAGUCCUUUGAAAGGAUCUUGAUGACUGCAAUCCUGCAGUCAGAUUGUCAGUACAGUAGAGGGACUGCUCACAGGCACAUUUUGCUUUAGCUCUGAUAAAAUACAAUAACAAAGGGAACCAAACAUCAGGAUCACCAUAGCCACUUUGAGAUUUCAAGUGAUAAAUACUCAAGCAAGGCUGUUUCACAUCAGCUGCCGGGUUCUGCUGUUGGGUAGAAAGGCAACAGCAAGAAACAGAAAUGGCAGGAAGCCUGCGCACAUGCUUUUGUUGUUACCUUCUCUGUUGCUUUUUAUUUUCAACAGCCUGUUGUCUUUCUGUACUACUUGGCUCUCAGCUCCCCAGGCUGUGGAUUACUAGGCCAUAAUGGCAGCAUGGUUUCACCUGCCAUUUGUGCUGGAUACUGCUCUGCUUGCUGCUGUUCAGAGCUCCACAGAAAUUUGUCCACAGGCCUUUUAAAGGGUGGAAGAGUCUAGUAUGUUCCUACAGUCUCCCUUACAUGGGCUUUGUACUUAGCUGUGUCCCAACUUGUCUCUAUGUAGCCCAAGCCUUGUUACCUUGGAGAUGGUUAAGAGCUACCUCUAAAAUAGUAAAGGCUAAAAAGAAGCCCAAAUAAGGCAGCAAGUCUCCAAUAUCCUGUUUUUUCAAAGGAGUAACAGG